AUGCUUCUGGGCGCCAACAAUUUUGUCUUGUUCGUAUCGGCCCAUGGCUGGGCUGAUGUCCAGCAACGUGCGGCGAAGCUCGCCAUCCUGAACCUAUCGCCGCUUAGUACGGGCCUAACCUUUGGCCUUCUACCCUAUCUGCUCGGGGUCAGCCACUCUGCCGUUGCGUGGUCGCAUCGCUGGUUUGGGCGGGUAAUGGCCGCCCAUUCCCUGCUUCAUGGAGCCAUUGCCAUCGCCAGAGCGGAUAACCCGAUUCCCUCGAUGAGGCAUGACUGGGUUCCCGUACUGGCAGCUGCUGCCAUUUUGAUGAUGAUCCCCGUGACCUUGCAUGCGGUCGUCCGACGGCACUGUCAGGUCGCCAUGAGAAUCCACUACCUUCUGGCGGUCACGGCAAUGGUGGCCCUGGCAUAUCAUACGUGGGACCAAGGUGUCCCCCAUUUGCACAUCCGGCCGGGGCAGUACGUAUACGUCUGGUUGCCUCACGCAGUAUUUCGCUCGUGCCUCCAACUCCGGCCCUUCUAUGUCGCCUACUGGGAUGACCCGCCCGGACCGCGCAUCCUGUACGUUCUGACCCGACCACGAGCCUCCAGCCUCAGUACACGACUCUACCUCCGCGAAUGGCUACAACAGUGUCGACAGCCCGCACUGUUGCUGGGGCCGUACGGCCGAUCGAUCGACUUCUCUCUGUUUGGGACGAUUGUGUUCAUCGUAGAGGACAUUGGCGCGAGUGCUUCUUGUCCAGGAGAGCGAGCAGGGGCGGGCCAUAACCACCAAUGCUGGCUGGGGGACUGGAUGCAGGACCUCUUGGACCUCGGCCGCGGUGAAUUCAAGAUUCCUGAGUUUCGUCUGUUAUAUUGCCUUACAAAGGGGACAUCCGUUAACCCCGGUGACGCGUUCGGAGAGCAAAUCAAUCUGUCUCAAGGGCCACUGGUGGCCAGAGAAAUCGACCAAGUGUGCGCCCGUCAGUCCAUUCGCCAACAGGUCCAGGAUGUCGUCCAGCCUCAGACGGGGCCAGAUAUCAAACUCUUCGACCUCGAGCCAGAUCAUGUCAAGGAGGCUCCUUGUCGCAACAAGGACACCGCCACCGCUCCGGCCUCAAGUGAUUUGUAG